CCGUUCCAGACGGACGUAAACAAAUUUUCGUUUGCAAGUUUAUUGUUAAGUAAAAGUGUUCAUUUUACGUGAUUUUGUGCCGAUUAUGUGAUUUUAACUGAUUCUUAUUAAGCCAUGCAGCGAUAUACGGUGGAUUUAAGUGAUUUGUUCUCCGAUCACCGUCAGAAAGUGUUCGUGGGCAGACGCCAUCAGUGGAAGCAUAUUGCCUGCCUGCUAGAGCAUAUUCGCUGCGUUUUCCACCUCGAUAGUCAUAUCUACCUUACAAAUAGCGAGAACGUCCUCUUUCCAGAAAGAGAAGAUCUGGAUGUGAUCCAGGAAAGUGAUCAGUUGAUAGUACACCCUUCGAACAGUUUGAAUGGCACUCAGCAAAUUAGCGCGCCAAAAGGAACGGCAGAUGGCGAAUCACGUGUAGCCGUUGUAAAUCAAAACGGAAAACGGAAGCGUGAUCCUCUCCCUAAAUUGAAACUAGCAAAAUCUUCCCAAAUAGUUCAAGAGUCUAGCUCCGAUUCCGACAGUGAUGAUGAUGAUAACGAAGAUAAUCUACUGCCCAAAAUCUUCGUCGAAUUGGAAUCUAUGUCCCGGCAAGACGAAUCCGUUCAAGAGCUUCCAAAACCGAAAAGGAAGCGAAUCCGGAAGCGGAAGUCCAAAAAGGUAGAAGUGGACACUCCACCAAAGGUGAUAGUGAAAACCUACGGUAAAAGUAAAGUGCCGGCUAUCAAUACCGAAAAUGAAACCCACACAACUCAUAUUCGAUUUGACAAUGCCAAUGGCGAGAUAAAGGACAAGGAAAUCGAAUGCGACGUUCUCGCGAAAAAGGAACCGUAUAGAAAUCUCAAUAAAAUCAUUGUCCCCCGAGUAAUAAAAGCUGUUUCACAGCCGUCUGUACCCUUGUCUUUAAACGACGAAACACCGUCCGUUCCAGAUUACGAAGACGUUCGCGAUCUCAACAUGGCUGAUAUAGUGAACAAGACUCAAAGCAAGCGACAGUCACGGAAACGAAAGAAAUCCCUGGAAAUUAAACAAGAGCUGAUAGAAGCGAAUACCGAGCGUGCAGUCUCGCCCACGUGGGAUACCGAGCUGGACCAAGCGAAGGAAACCUUCCUGUCCACCUAUAGUGGGGAAGAAUUUUGGGUUACCCUGCAGGAUGCGUUGGAAAAUUUCCCCAGCAUUGCCAUCCCUAGCGCAAAUGACAUCAUCGCUUAUCGGAUCGACGCGCAGUCUUAUCUGGCGCUGGUGGAACGAGCUGACGAUGGCGAAAGUGACGACAGGCCCGCGCUAAAACUGACAAUGCGCCAGCUCAAUGGUGCACGGACAGCACAGCCGGUGAUGGUAUCGGCCACGUUAGAUCAGCUGACGGGAAUCAGACUUGUCGCGACGUAUCAGCCAUAAACGUUGCAUGGUGAGGACAAUGGCAUCUGGGAGUUCAAUC